CCAGUUGCAGCUGCGGAAAGCGAAGAGUUUUUAUUAUUUCCCAGAUAACACACACAAUCGAAAUGUAGAACAUAGCUCUUACAAUUUUUUUUUAUUACAAUACGAACUUGGAACAGCUUUCAGGUGAGUUUAUAUAACAAAUCAGCUAAAUUUAAAUACCGACUCGCAUAAAGCGCGUGGCAGAUAUUUUGGGCUUAAUGCAGACGAAAAUUGUGUUGGAAAAGGGUUAUCAAUUAUGAAUUAAACAAAUAUUUAGUUAUAUUAAUAAUUUUAGAAAAAAUACAUGUGAAUUUAGUACGGCAAUUCCAAUGUCUGUAACUGUUUUAAGUAGACAUGUAUUUAUUUUAUUUUUUUACUUGCAGAAAAAUUUAAAAGAUUCAUAUUUUGUAGACAAAAAGUUGUUGCGUGUUCCAGAUUUGCAAUAUUUUUUGUUCUACACUAAAGCAACAAGUAAUUAUUGCUAAUUUGAAGAUGCUAAAUAUGUGAGAUUAAAAAGAAAAACGUUUAAUGCUCGCUUUGUAUUUAAAAAACCGAGUUGACAAAAAUGUAAACAGUUCGUUUUAACUCAAUUUUACUGCAAAACGAAACCAAGUAGAAAAAUUUCAGUUAAUAGUGUUAUUGUUAUUGAUUUUCCCCAGUUGAUUCGAAAUUGAGCGUAAAACCCAGCGAAUCAGCUGUUUGGCGGCAACGACAGCACAACAAAACAAUUAUAUAUCCGCCACAGCCGCAAAACAAAAACAAAAAUAAAAAUAAAAGAAAAAAACAAAUAGCAACUGCGCCGCGAUAAAAUUGUUUGCCAAUAAGAAUCGGGCUUAGUGCGGACUGGCAUCCGAAAGAUACAGGAACGUGGUGGCUGCAGCUGCACCAGGAAGACAGGCCAUGGUUCUCAUCAAGUUCUUGAAGAGUAAACUGUAACGUAUAUAAAAGCCCAACAGAUCAACGUGAACAUACGCGAAAAUCCAACAAAACAUAUUUAAAAACGUAGAAAAAAAUACGUAAAGUUAAAGAUAAAAUCUACGAGAAUAACAAUGCGCGAAAUUCAGGCCUCUCAAUUUAUGACGAAGACAAAUCGCCUGGUGGUUUUGCGGCAUGGCGAAAGUGAUUUCAACAUAGAGAAUAAAUUCUGUGGUUGGCAUGAUGCACCAUUAAGCGAGUUUGGCAUCAAGGAGGCUCUAACGGUGGCAAUCCCUUCCCUGGCUCAGUCUCAGCUGGAAUUCGACGUUGUCUACUCAUCCGUACUAAGUAGAUCCCGGGAAACUGCUGAACUGAUACUUUGUAAGUUAAACUGCGCCUAUGUCCCUAUCAAGAAGGAUUGGCGACUAUGCGAACGGCACUACGGAAAUCUGACGGGUAGUAAAAAACGAAAAGUUGCCGAUCUUUACGGCGAGGAACAGGUUCAGGCCUGGCGGCGAGGAUACGACAGCGUUCCACCGCCCAUUGAGGAGAGCAACCGCUACUACUACACCAUCUGCAGUAAUCCCAUAUUCGAUGAGGUUCCUCCUGGACAGUUUCCGCUCUCCGAAUCCCUGCACAUGUGCGUCGAUCGGGUGAAACCAGUGUGGAAGGAGGUCAAGCGGGAGGUGCUCAAAGGUACUCGAGUUCUGAUGUGCGUCCAUGGAACUGUGGCACGUGCCCUCGUUCAGCACAUCGAGGGAAUCUCUAAUGAGGCCACCGAGAAGGUUAACAUUCCAAACUGCGUGCCGAGAGUCUACGAGUUUGAUUUAAAUUCAGGAGGCUUGGUGGGUGGCGGCAUUAACCUGGGAGAUCAGGACUAUAUCAGGCGGAAAACCGCCCAGGUGGCAGCCAUCGGAGACUGAUUGAGGAAAACUCCUAUCUACUUUUAUGGAAUUUACAUCGAUAUAAGGCCGAAGCCUCUAACUUUGACCCUAGGGCGAAUCUGUUUGCUUUUAUUGCUCGGAGCUCUGCUAUUAAGGAUAUUAUAAAUAUUAUUUAUUUGUCUACCCCAUCUGAUAUUUUCGGCCAAAAAUAUACUAUUUAUACAAAAUAC